AGUUUCAUACCCAUUUGACAGAUGAGGAAAAUGAGGCCACGAUUAUGAAGUGUCCCAGUGCCCAGAGUCCUAUUGUCAUCUUUAUGCCCUUUGUGCUUUCUAUCUCAUUAUCCUCUAUUUCAUGAUUUCUAUUUUAAGGUCCCUCCUCUGUUCUGACACUCUUUCACCCUAGAGUUGUGGAUUGGAAAGUCCCUACCUGCUCAGUUGUUUUUGUCUCUCAAGUCACUUUCUCCCUCCCAGCCUCAGCUUCUUCACAUGCAAAUCCAGGAGCUCGGAUUAGAGGUCUGGGAACCUAACAAACACUGCCAGAGGGCACCGGAAGGAAUUUGGCAGUGAAUCCCAGAGGAAAGGACUUUCCAGUUGAAAAGAAGAGUAGCUGGAAGGUUAGCCAAGUGCUUUCUAGGCGGGGUCUUGUAAGUCUGGGCUGUUAUCUUCAUUUAACAGAUGAGGAAACUGAGGCUGAGAGGUUUAGCGACUAGCUUGUCUGAGGCUUUCUGACUCCAAGUCCGAGGCCUUACUUCCUGGCAUGGCAUACAUAGCAGGAAGAAGGGCCUUCGCUCCAUCACAGCCACCGACCAGUUGUGGGCCCUGGAGGAAAUCUCUUCUCUGGUUCUGUUUUCUCUUUUAUAAAAUUCCGAUUAGACUAGGUGACCUCUGAGGGUGCCCACAAAUAGUUGGGCCCUGAAUAGGACAUGAAUACCAGCCUGGCCCCAAGGCCUAUUUCAGAAGAAACCAAGCCACCCAAUGGAUCAGAAUGUCUGCAAACAAAAGAAAAACCCUUUUUCCCAGCUCGGAGACGUCCCCUGUACAGUUAGAAACAAUAGACAUCCGGGCACCUAGCCAAGGCUCUGGAGAUAUUUAUAACAUGGAGAGGGUGGGAGUCCCUAAUAAGCUGCUGCGUGUUUUUUUCCCACCUCUUCCCUGUCUCCCACCCUGGUGAGAGCUCUGAGCCAUUCGUUCCCCACUCAGGAGGCCAGGCUGACUCGCCUUGGGCCGUGGCUCCUCCUCACCCACUCUUGCUGGAGCCCCUGGGCAGGGGAAGACAGCUGCGAGGAGCCAAGGUGGUGGAAUUCCUGGGCGGCUCCCCUUUCCCCUCUAGCUGACGCAAUCUCGGAGUUCUGUCCGGCUUUGAAGCUGCAAUUUGGAGGACUGAACUGCUCAAAGACUCUGCCCAGGAGCCAAGGAGUGCUGCCAGUGUCUGCGCACCCGGAACGGACCCGAGCCUCUUAGCUGCCACCAUGGCGGCCACCCUCCUCAUGGCUGGCUCCCAGGGACCCAUGACAUUUGAAGAUAUGGCUAUGUAUCUCACUAGGGAAGAAUGGAGGCCUUUGGACCCAACACAAAGGGACCUUUACCGGGAUGUUAUGCAGGAGAAUUAUGGAAAUGUAGUCUCCUUAGAUUUUGAUAUCAGGAGUGAGAAUGAGACAAAUCCAAAGGUGAUAUCUGAAGACAUAGAAUUUGGGAACAUAUCAGGAAGGCCUCUUGAGAGUGCUCACCAGAAUCCAGAGUGUGAAGAAGCCUUUGAAAAUGGGGACAAGUCAGAAGGACAGUGGGGAGAUUUAACCGGAGAUGAUUGGGUAAACUAUCCUCUUCAACAAGUAACAGAUCUCCUUGUCCACAAGGAAGUCCAUGGAGAUAUAAGAUUCCAUAUAUGCUCUCAGUGUGGAAAGGCUUUCAAUCAAAUCUCAGACCUAAAUCGGCAUCAGAGAACUCAUACUGGAGAGAGACCCUAUAAAUGUUAUGAUUGUGGGAAGAGCUUUAGUCGAAGCUCCCAUCUCAUUCAGCAUCAGAGAACACACACUGGGGAAAAACCCUAUGACUGCAGCGAAUGUGGGAAAAGCUUCGGUCGAAGUUCACACCUUAUUCAGCACCAGACAAUACAUACUGGAGAGAAACCCCACAAGUGUAAUGAAUGUGGCAAAAGUUUCUGUCGGGUCUCACACCUUAUUCAGCAUCAGAGGACCCACAGUGGCGAGAAGCCUUAUGAAUGUGAGGAGUGUGGGAAAAGCUUCAGCCGUAGUUCUCACCUGGCUCAACACCAGAGGACACAUACUGGUGAAAAGCCCUAUGAAUGUAAUGAAUGUAGGAGAAGCUUCAGUGAAAGAUCAGAUCUCAUAAAGCACUACAGAGUUCAUACAGGAGAAAGACCCUAUAAAUGUGAUGAAUGUGGAAAAAACUUUAGUCAGAAUUCAGAUCUCAUUCGCCAUCGGAGAGCCCAUACAGGGGAGAAACCAUAUAGAUGUAAUGAAUGUGGGGAAAAUUUCAGCCGGAUCUCACACUUGGUUCAGCACCAGAGAACCCACACUGGUGAAAAGCCCUAUGAAUGCAAUGAGUGUGGAAAAAGCUUUAGCCGCAGUUCCCAUCUCAUUACGCAUCAGAAAAUUCACACUGGAGAGAAACCUUAUGAAUGUAAUGAAUGUUGGAGAAGCUUUGGUGAGAGAUCAGAUCUUAUUAAACACCAGAGAACCCAUACUGGAGAGAAGCCCUAUGAAUGUGUAGAAUGUGGAAAAGGUUUUACCCAGAGCUCAAACCUUAUCACACAUCAGCGAGUUCAUACAGGAGAGAAACCGUAUGAAUGCACCGAAUGUGACAAAAGUUUCAGUCGAAGUUCAGCUCUUAUUAAACAUAAGAGAGUUCAUACAGACUGAGUCCCUUCCUUGUGAUUAUAUGGGAAUGUUUUUGGUAAAGAAUCUUUAGUGAGCUCCUUUUGAAUCAAGCUCCUUUCACUAUAUCAGAUUUUCUAAUUGUGAGUCAUAACUUAAAUUUCUAAGAAGAUGAAGUCAUUUGGAGGUUUGAUGUAAAGCUUUGGAAUUUUGAUUUCAUCUUCCUUAGAAAUCAGAAUCCUUUUAAAUUCAUCAUUAAUUAAUUGUUAAGUUCAAAGUAAGAACCAAGUAGCUGAAGAUAUACAGACCCAGGAGGAAACACUGGUUACAAUGGCUUUUUGGACCAGGGACUGCAGUGACAAACCAAGCAGCACUUGUUCUUAUUUCCCUGGUCCCCAUUUGUGCCCUGGGGAAGGUGGAGGAUUGUAAGAGGGUGGUGAACUGCCUUAAAAGAAGGCAAUCAGGAACUCUUCCCUGAAUAACCAUGCCUGUACAGACCUUGCUAUUUCAGCACACACAUCCUGUCCUCCCAGGGCCUUUGUUUUUGAGUUCCUUGUGUAUCUAUACCCAUAGUUUUUCCUCUGCUUUCCUGAGAGCAGGACUCUGCACAGUGGAAGCAGUCAUUACAGCAUUUAUCCUCUUUGUGUUCAUUUCUAUUUAUUCAUUGUCAUAUUUUAGCUUUUGUUAAAACACUUUUAAGAAAAAAGAUCAAAAGGGAAAGUGAGCAGUGGGAUUAGGGAAAGAUGAUCUCUUCCUUGCUCCCUGUGAGUAAGAUUUGUUUGGUGUUAUUAUCAUCAUUAAUGAGAAUUUACUAAUUAUCUUUUGGGCUGUCUAUAGGGUAUAGUUGUGGGGGCACCAUCUUCAAGGAAGACAGGGCAGUGGACUCUAACCACAGUCACAGUGAGAGGUGAACAUGGACCUUUGAGGAAUGAAGAAGGAAGGUGACAGCUGCCUUCUCCUGUGAAGUACUUGUGUUUUGUGCUACAUCUCCUCCAUCCUUUAAGAUUCCUGACUGGUGAUUGAUCCAAGAAGUAAGGAGCCUGGAUUCCAAGUGUCCUCAGUACUAACUAGAAUUUGAUAGGGGAUGGUUUCCAGUACACACCUUCUCACAUAAGGCUUUAUAGGCAUGCCAUCACCUGCAUAUGUAUUUAUGGUUCUCCAAGACAGUUGAAACUAUCAGCAUCACACAGCAUCGGCAUGAUUUGAAAUGAAGAUACUUUUGGGUGUGGAAGCCUGAAUUUAACUCACGAGGGUGAGAAAUGGAUUUUUUUUUUUAAAACACUGGUGCCCUAAGAGUCACUCUCAUGUAAGGGGCUAGCAUAUGCUUGUUUGUGUAGCUAGAUUGUUGGUGGAGGGGGGGGAGGAGGAUAAUUACCUGAACAGAUUGAUUCAGUACUGUAGUUGAGAGCAGAAACAGAAAGCUGGACAUACUGUUCUGGUAGAGAAGAAUGAGUAAAUCAAGGCAGGUCUUUUUAUAUGUUGCUGUCUUUUAAAUGAAAUACAAAUACUGAUGAAGAAUUCUAGAUCCAAUGUUGGUUUGAGUUCACCCUCUCUCAGGGUUAAGAUUUAAAAGCCGUUCCUAAAUCUCUGGCAUGGCACUGGGGGAGAGGUAGAAACUAGGAAAAGGAAUCCCCCAACUUUUUAUGUUGUUCUAUAUUGUGACCAUCGUACUGUUUUUUGAAAAACUUUUUGUUUUAUCUAUUUAGAGUAUUCUAGGGGCAAGUAAGCUCUUUGGAAAUGGAAUGCUCAACUGAAUCAUUGUGACCUUGAGCUUUAUGGGCCUGGAGAUUCUAUUGCUUUCUAUGAAAAGACCUCCAGACCACACAACAAGGACUAUAGACACACACAACAUAUUGUUCUUUAGGUUCUCUAGCUUCAUUAAGUAUAAGUUCCUAAAGGUCAGGAAUCACAUUUUAUGGAUUUUUUUUUUCAAGAAACACCUAGUUUGGGAUACUACUCGAGUAUUUCAAUUACUCUGGGAGAUUUAUUCUGUGCUAAACUCUAAUACAUUUUGUCCCAUAUCAGUGUUCCUGAUAAUUGUAAUGAAAAUCAAGAGUUCUACAUUCUGAGAUCAUUUUGGGGGUGACCCUAAAAACUAGAAUCUCUUCUGCUACAUCUUUCCCUCCUCCUGCUGCUGCUGGCUUCUUGCUGGAGUUGAGGAGCUAGGAAGGCUCCAGUCACAGUUCUGUAAUUUGUGCACGCCUGCUGGUGAGGUUUUUUGGUUUGGUGGGGAGGGGUAGGGCAAAGAAUGAAAUGGAUAGGCCACUCAAACUCUGUCUCCUACCACCUCCUUCUGCCAGGUGCUGCUCCCACCAUUGUCAUUCUGUGCUUUCUUGAGUAGAAGUUUUGCAUUGAGUACCCUCUUCUUUGGCUUCUGCAUGCCCUGUGCCCCCAAGCUCCUGACUGCCUCUGCCCACACUCUGAACACUUUGUGCCUGUUUUCUCUAGUUGUGGAGAAUGAGCGAGCCAGUAAGUAGGGCAGUUUUUGCUUUUAAAGUAUUGGUAAAAAGUUAUCCUAGUGUUUAUCUACAUUUGUAUUAUUAUAACAGUACUCUAUAAUGGCAAAUAUACUUUUUAAAUGCAGAUGUUGAAAAUCAUUUUAGUAGCUCAGCCCUGGUUAAGUAUUAUCUGCUUCAAAUACAUUAAAGUGUAGCAUGAAUACAUCCAGGUGUUAGGAACUUAACAAUUAGAGCUGCAAGGGACCUUAGAGGUUGUGUGGUCCAAACUCUUACAUGUGCUACAUAUGAGGAAACAGCUAGCAAAGGAGCAGAUCUCAGGUUUGGAGUGAGGACCCAAUACCAGAUCUGGUGCUCUUGGUAAAUACACUAUGCUGUCUGUCCUACAUAGGUGCAAUAGGGACACCAGUUUUGCGGAGAUUCCGGUGAAUAGUAUCUUUGGACGAAUUGCUUUAUAAACUUUGAAGACCCUCUAUUGCCUUUUCCCAGGCAGCUGUAAAACCUGGUAAGAUUCUGUGAAGACUGUGCUGGUGGCAAGAUCAACUGGAAGAGUUGGGUAUAGGUGAUUCACCUACUUUGGGGGGAAAAUGAUCAGUUUUGCAAAAGAAAGGUGUGGCUGCUUCAUGGAAGAUGCCCUGGAGCAUCAGCGUCUAGCACUAAAACCCAGGACAUAUAUGACCAAGACCCCUGAGCAUUAAGACAGAUGGUUCAUGCAAACGGGAAGGGUUCUGGGCACCCCCAACCCAGAGAUACACAAGUACAAAGGAAUGCCCACCCCCCAUUGUGCAACACCAGGGCCUUGACAUUUUCAAAGUAUUUUUAAAAAUUAAAAUUGUCAUAUGAAA